GCCCAUCCCUAACUAUUAUUCAUGUGUUGUUUUUCAUUUGCAUAAUAGUUUAAGUUUUAUAAUUUUUUAUCAAAAUUGUUCUCCUCCCAUCGUCCUUUCUUUGAAAUCCAUUAAUUCCAUAAAAUUUUUUACUAAAUUAUUAAAUAAAUAGCGAUCGAAAUAUCCCAAAGUGUUCUAAAAUAACUUGUAAAGUUUAUUUAUAACGAGCUGCUUAAGAAGUGCAAAAACGUUACGAAUUGAUGUCAAAUAUGCUUCAUUAAUUUUUAUCGAACCUCAAGUUUUUUGUAUAUUAAUAUUUAAAAAAAAUGUUGACUCCAAGAUUCGAGUUAUUACAGACUGACAAUGAAUUAAUUGUCAAAGUGCACGCACCUUAUGCCAAUAUUAAGGACACAGAAGUUUAUGUUGAAGGGACAGACGUUAGAUUUUUCUCCAGUCCUUACUACCUAAGACUUAAACUUCCUGGAGAAAUAAUAGAGAAUGACCAAUCCUCAGGAUCUUAUGACUGUAAUUCAGGACAAUUUACACUGAAAUUUUCUAAAGUCAAUCCUGGUGAACAUUUUGAUAAUUUAGAUAUGAUAACAACACUCUUGGCACCACCAAAGCAAAAGAAAAAUUUCGUUUCUACUAUUGAGGUGAUUGGUAAUCCAGCAGUGACUAAUGAGAAUUCUUUGGUUGAUAAUGACACUACGAAUGGAAAUGAGUGGUUUUAUCCUCAAACAAACUUGAAUAAUAAUCCGAUCGUAAAUUUAUUGGAAGGACCAAGAUAUGGGUUUGCUAACAAGAUUGUAGGAGCUUUGGAAUCAUUUGAACAAGGAUGGCUAAAAGACGUCGUAGACCUUCCAUUUCCCGACUCGACUCCAAUGACCAAUCGCCGAGGUCUCCGCGAAGUAAACGAAAAAUACCAUUUUAGUGAUGACCACUACACUGCUGAUUUAAUUCAACCAGAAGACUCCAUCAAACGGAUCAUUGACUUCCAGCCUUCAUUCUACACAACAAACCCUGAAAGCCUAGAAUUUUCAACCACCGAACAAGAUAUUCUAAAAGAAUUACCUAAUAAAGAAUUUUUAUUAACCAACGAAGAGUCCAGAAUAGCUCUUUUAAGUUUGGUAGACAUUUUAUUUAGCUAUUGCUAUAAUCAUCGAGUAACAAUGGGUGAAAAUACAUCAGAAAGCAGCUGGGAUAUCAACAAAAUCAGCUCCACUCUAUCUUGGUUUGAUUAUUUCAUUUUUCUUGAAGAUGUUGUGAAAUCUUGUAUCCGUAGAUCUCUCUGCUUUCCACUCUACAGAUACUGGGAGCUAUCCAUCAAGGUCCUAGAUGAUGUAAAUAAAAUCUUAGCUCUUGGAAAAAAGUCCAUUUUAAAAAGUUUAUGUGAAAUUCAUGGGCUAUUUAAUAACUCUUAUGACCCAAGAUAUGUUUUAAACCAAUUAUACAUCAGAGAUUAUCUUAUUUGGGUCCAGAGAUUACCAGAAGCAACGAUAAAAGAGAUUCUUGGUGAACUAGAGGCUGUUAAAAUUGAGAAAAAAGAUGUGGGUCUUGACUUAGUAGAGUUGGAAGCUGCUGCUUGGUCAGUUUUGGAAGAAGAGAAAGUUGAAAAAUUACCUUGUGUUGUUAAUAUUGAAGCUCCCACUGGUCCGAAGCUCUGCCUUAAUAGAGUCGUUGAUAAAAUGAAUAAAUUGGUUAUUACUAAUAGAGAUAGUGAUGAUGAAUCGACUUCUAGCGAUGAUGAUAGUAGCAGUAGUAGCAGUAGCUGCUGUGAUAAGAGUAAUUGUAAGAGUUGCUGCUCUAGCACAAGCUCAGAAUCUAGUUUAACAAGUAAUGAUAGUGAUUCUAGUAGUGAUGUUAGUACUAGUUCUGAAGAUGUUAUAAAAAGCACUAACAAUAAGAGUAAUUCUAGCAGUUGUGCUAGCACUGAUUCUGAUGAUUCACGUGAUUGAGUGUAAAUAAUAGAAAGAGAAUUAUUUAGUCACUCAAUUCGCGAAAUUAUGAUUUUUCAGCAUGAUUAGAAAUCGAUGAAAAGCUAUUUCAGAGAAAAGUUUUUUGAGAUUUUCUUAAAAAUUAUAUAGAGUAUGGAAAAAAAAAUUUCGAAUAAAAGUUGUAGCAGCUACAAUUCUGUAUAAAACAAAGCUAUCACACUGUGACUUGUAUUCCUCACAGUUUGACUGUAAAAUAAUGAUAAAGAUACAACAAGUUGAAACUUUUUAUUUAUCUGCAGCUAAACUAUAAUAAGUAGGAGAGUAAGCCUUAGGAACUUUUUUAUGUAAAAUCAAAAAAUCUUAAAUUUUUAUUCAAAACUUGUUUUAUAUCUCUGUAUAGUUUACGAAAUAAUCCUAAAAAACUUGCUUUAAGAGCAGUAUCUUCAUGAUUCCAUCGCUUUCCCGCGGUAGAAGUACUGUUUUUAUAACUACUAAUUAUUUUUAGUAACCCAAAUGAUAUUUCCCAAAAAUUGUUGCCAUGCUGAAAAAUCUUUAUUUCAUCAUCAUCGUGAUUAGACUUGGAUUGAAACUUAAUAAAUAACCUUAUAAAUGUAUUUUAUGAUAUAUUUUAUUUAUAAGAUGUCAAUCGUUCAAUACAUAAUAAAUCCAAGGUAAUAAUUUACUG